CAUUUUGUUGUAACAGUUCUAGCUUGGUGAUCGCAGUUAGUGUUGCAGACGUGAAUGACUCACGAAUAGUUCAGUGAUUAAACUGCGUUUUAUGUGAAACGAAAUAUUGUGUUCUUGUGAGCACAUACAAUCGCAAGCACGUGCAAUUAGUGAUUUCAAAUAUGAAUUAUAGUUGUUGAUUUCCUUCCUGACAAAGGUUCAAUACAUUUACAUUCAGAAGAAAUAAGUAUUGGCAGCAUUUUGAUAUGGCUCGAGUUCAACCAUAUGAAAGAGUUGUGGACGCUGUAAUUAUACAUACAAAUCCAACACUUGGUAUAGAAAUCCAUAAUGGGACGAAGAUUAAGGAAGAGCCUGUCGAUACAACAUCGAAUACAAUUGAAUAUGAUACUCCUAUAGUUAGAAAUUAUUAUAGUUUAAUUGAUCAUGAUCAUCAUUAUUGCGACAAAUCAUUAUCUAAUAAGUCAUAUAAAAGCAUAAAUAACACAGGAAACGGACAUUCAUCGAAUGCACAUACAAACGACGUAACUAAUACUGUUAAUACAGAUCGUGAAAAUGUAAAAACAAAGAAAGAAAUAGAUAAUACCUUACCACGUUUUAAGAAACGAAAAUAUUCCAAUGAAAUCUUUAGUAAUAAAAACACUAGUACACUAUGUUCAGUAACCAAAAAUGUUAAGAGAAAAAGAAAACAAAAAAGCAUUACAUUAGAUUAUAAAAAAAAAAUACAAUGUAAGAAUAAAUUAGUAAAAAAGGAAUUUACAUGUGACAUAUGUUUUAGGAAAUUCAGUUGUCUUUCACAUUGGAAAAUCCAUAAACAAUAUUACGAACUUGAUAAAAGGAAUAAGUGUAAGGUUUGUAAUAAAUAUUUCAUAGCUAACGACAAAUUACAGUCUGAUACGUGUCAUUGCGUACAUAGCAUGCGUAGUACAUACUUAUCUUCAUACAAUUGUAAUUUUUGCAGUCGUACUUUUAAGAAAAAAUUGCUUUUACAAUCUCACUUAUUUCAUGUACAUAAUGAGUUAAUAUGUUUUAAUAACACUGUUAAACGUGAGACUUCCAAAUCCAAGAUCUUUAAAGUAAAUAAAUCUCCUGAAAAUGAUAUUUUAAUAACUAGUGCAAGUGAAAACUCAUUAUGUUCAAAUAAUCUUGUUCAAUCAGGAAAGAUAAAUACUACGCUUAUAAAUAAAUCUCGUAACGAUGAUGUGAUUAAUACUGAGAAAUCAAGAACCGAAAAAUUAUUCAAUAACGAAGUGUCGCCAACUAAAAGAUUACGACAACCAACAUUAACGGAAUAUCUUGAGCUUUGCAAAAAAAAACGCAAUAUUAAAUUUAGUCCAAGUAAAUUGAACAUUACAAAAGAUGAUUUUCCUACGUGUGCUUUACAUCGUGAUGAUCAAAUAAAAAAACUUCCAGUAGAACAAAAUGGACAAAUUGAUCUUUUAUCUACACAAUCAGAUAAUCUUCUAAAACGAACAGUACGUUCUAUUCAGAAACAAAGUAUGAAACAUGAAAUGCAUAAAAAGCCAUUUGUAAAACUACAUGCAGAUGUUGAAAUGAUGAAGUCUUUUCUAGAAAAACUUUCUGAUACGGUUGUCGAAAAUAAAAUAACCAAAGAUGGAACCAGUAAUAUUAUUUCAUAUGAUCGUGGAAUACCUUACAGUUUACGAUCUUUAAAUGGAAUUUCUUCCAUGGAAGCAAGUGCAAAUUUAGGAAUGAGGAAGAACAAAAAUGUAUCUAAGAAGUCUCGAUUUGGUACAGAAUUUAAUAUUAAAAAUAAAGAAAACGGGGUUUUAAAGCAAACGAUUAAUUUAGAAAAGAUAACUUCUAAAGUGGAUUGGAAAAUUAUUAUGGCUUAUUUUAAAUGCAAGGAGUGUACAAUUUUUUUAACAAGAUGUGAUGAACAACCAAGAAAUUCUUAUCAAAUUUCUGCUCUUAAAACCAAGAAAAACACUUGUCUUACUUCUGGAUGCAACUUUCAAGAAAGUGAUGUACGAAAUGAAGUGAAGCUAAAAGACGUAGAGGUUUCUUUGGAACGUUUAACAGUUGUUCCAACUGUACAUAUAAAAGAAAAAACACCGGAUGUUGAGAAACACAAUAACAAUUAUUUUUUGUGUAAAGUUUGUAAGGAGAGUUUUUCUUCAAAAUUGGCCAAACGUAUACAUAUUAAGUCGUCUCAUAUAGCAUAUAUGUCAAGCAUAUGUGGUGCACGUUAUAAGUUGAAGCAUAAAUUACUUCAACAUUAUCUACGCGAACAUGUUUCUAAACAAAAUCAAUGUUGUAUUUGUUAUAUGCUAUUAUCUGAUUAUGAAGCGUUGAAGCAACACUUAAAUGUUCAUUGUCUGAAGUAUAUUCAACGACAGGAUGAUCAAUAUUUAAUAGAUACUGAAUUAGAAUGCAACUUGACCAAAAAAUCUAAGUAUCUUCGUGACGAGACAUUCUUGUCACGAACAUCUUUGAAGGAACAUCAAAGUCAUUGUACAGUACAAAAAGAAAUAGAAGAAGAUCAGAAAGAUUCCAUGGAAGAAGCAAAUUCAUCCCCAAAGGAUAUUUCUGAAGUACAACAUGAGAAGCCCGAUGAUAUAGUUGACAUAAUAUGUCACGAAAAAAUUAAUCUGGAUGAUUUAUGUAAUCCAUUAAAUAGCGACUGUGUAAAAAAAUCGAAUGAACAUCAAAUAUCGUUUCAUAAAAAAGAACAAGAAAUCAAUGAAGCUAAUCAAAACAUUCUUGUUAAUAAUAACUUAAUUAAGGACAAAAUAGGAACUAUUAACGAAUCGCAACACCCUAAAAAGCUUUUGGAAAAUAAUUCCACAAUUAGUAAUCAAGAUGUCGCGAAUACACAAUUGAAUAACAUUGCAACAAAGAAUGGAACUUAUCCGUGCAAUAUAUGUGGAAAGCAAUUUCAAACUCCCAAGAAUUUGGAAAUACAUGUACGCAAUUUUAGCUUUACCCCUGAUAUUUGUCCAUUGUGUGGCACUGGAUUUAGUUCUAAACGUUUUUUACAGUCACAUAUUACUGCAGCGCAUGUACCACAUAUUUCAAAAACUUACAAUUUUCAUUGUGUAUUCUGUAACCAAGGUUUUUUUAAAAAACACGAUCUUCGGUCUCAUAUAUUACACUUACAUGGUCAACAAGUACUCAAUACGCUCACAUGCAAUCCUAAUAUAAAUCAAGAGAAAUCCAACAAAUCAGUUACCCGUAGCACAGUAUGUAACGUUUGUAAUUUGGUAUUUGAAACUCAUGAUCGCUAUGUUGAGCAUCGAAUGUACUAUUAUAAAAAUCAUACAUUUAGAUGCUCACUCUGUGAACAAAACUUUCAAGGAAUGUACAUGUUUCAUCAUCAUAACAAACUUACACAUUGUCCAGAAGAUAAACGCAAAUCAUACAAUCACAUCUGCGAGAUAUGCCAUGAGGGAUUCAAUCAUGAGUCACAUUUUUAUUCGCAUAAUAUGCAUGUGCAUUCGAAUGAAGUGAAUUUAGGUGAAACUGCAAAAGAAUCUAAAGAAGAUACCAAGAAUAGAAGCCGGGAUUCAUCCAACGUCCAGAAACAGAUUAGAAAUUGUUCUACGGAUCAAGAAAACCAAAAUGAUCAAUCCAAUGAGUAUACUUGCCAAAUUUGUCAGAUGAAAUGUAGAAAUAUGGAUCAUAUGGUAAUGCACAAAGAAUUUUAUUCUAAUGAGGGAGAUUUUAAAUGUGACAAGUGUAAUAGACGAUGCAAAACAUUUGAUUUUCUUAACCAACAUAAGAAAUUAACUCACUCUUGUCGAGAUGUUUAUAAUGGACAUAUGUGUCAUAUUUGUGGCGAAGUUUUGGAAACAAGUAUUUCAUUGAAAUGUCACGAAAAACACUUCCACUCAAAUAUUAUCAGCAAUAAUACGGAUAAUUGGAAGAAUCCAGAAGAAUUGAGUAAUCAGUUAUUAUCUUUAAAUAUAAUAUAUCCAGGUAAAUCUAAAAACAAUACAUGUAAUGUAACUGAAUACAAAUGCUUAUUUUGUGAUAUGAAGUUCUCUACUCCUAACACUGUCCAAACACAUAUUGUUUAUGUUCAUAUGAAUGAUAUGAUAGCUGAACGAGCUACUUUAAAACUUGCUCUUCCCAUUACUAAUAACAAUAGCAUUCAGAAACAAUUUGAAAUUGGUCAAAUACCAUCAAUAUCGUCAAUGUCAUCUUCAUCUUCAUCAUCGUCAUUAUCAUCAUCAUCAUCAUCAUCAUCAACUGAAAGUAAGUUAGCUAAACUUCUUCAAAGAUCGACGAUUCAACAAUCUAAUAACAUCGAAAGUACUAUGGCUAAAAAUAAAACUGUUGAAUUAUUUAAGAACUUCAGAACUAUAUAUCCAAAAAAUACAAUUACAGAGAAAACUUCAAAUCCAUGUAUUAACAAAUCUAAUGAUAGUAUUUCGACGUGUAGUAUUAUUGCAUUAAAUACGGAAUCAAAAACAGAUAUUCCAGUUUCUCCAUCCGUUGCAACAACUUCUAGGAUUGUUGCAUCAAAUACUGAAGUUGGAAACAAUGCUUCAGUUUUUCUAUCCACUGGAUCGAUAUUUAAAACUAUAUCCAAUACUGAAUCUAAAGAUAACAUUUCAAUUUCUCUACCUGGAUCAACCAACAAUCUCCGAAAAUAUUAUGAAAUUCCUUUAAAAUCUGGUUCGACCAAUGAGUUUAAAACUAAUUCAUUAGCUAAGGGAUCUAUAAUAAUUAAUAAAUCCAAAACAGUACCUGCAUAUCUUUUACCAACUAAACCCCUAUCAACAUUCAAACGUAUUAUGCCAAAACCUUGGAAAAGCAAUGAAAUUACGAAUCAAAAAUCUGAAUCAGUGAACAAUUACGCCACUGGUCAUAGUUAUUCAUGCCCAUUAUGUCCGCUAGAAUACCCAUCUUUGCUGUUCUUCCAUGCACAUCUCAAAUAUGCUCAUGCAGAUUCCAUCGUUUCCAUUGGAACUGAUGAAUUGACUGUCCCACAGGUGAAUAAAUCUCAGAAAGCCUCUAUGAUAGAAUGUUUAUUGUGUCCAUGUACCUUCCCUGACGAAACCAAGUAUAAGAAGCAUUUGAGAAAUUCUCAUACAUAUUAUGUGUAUAUCCCAAAUUCUCAAGAGAUGACGAAAAUUAAUAACGUGCGUAAUCCUCUAACGCAGACAAACGUUAACAGAAAAAGCACAGUUCCUGAAACAAUUACUAUAGAUGAUGAUGAUCAUGAUAACGUCAAGAAUACAUCAGAUCAAGGAACAGUCGAAGUUACAACGCUCAAUUACAAAGAACAGAAUGAGAAAAUUGGUAAAUUAAGAGUGAAGCCUCUUGCAAAGAUCAUUGAAAAUUUAUCUAUGGAUUCUGCAUCGAAACUCCUAUAGAUUAAACAAAUCAUUUUGAUAUCAAAUUGCCAUUAAAACAGUUAACAACA